AUGGGACUGUUCAAUGUCACUCAUCCUGCUUCCUUCCUCCUGACCGGCAUCCCUGGUCUGGAGAGCUCUCACGCCUGGCUAGCAGGGCCCCUCUGUGUCAUGUAUGCCGUGGCCCUCGGAGGCAACACUGUGAUCCUGCAGGCCGUGCGAGUGGAGCCCAGCCUCCAUGAGCCCAUGUACUAUUUCCUGUCCAUGCUGUCCUUCAGUGACGUGGCCAUGUCCAUGGCCACACUGCCCACCGUGCUCAGAACCUUCUGCCUCAAUGCCCGCAACAUUGCCUUCGAUGCCUGCCUGAUUCAGAUGUUUCUCAUUCAUUCCUUCUCCAUGAUGGAGUCGGGCAUUCUGCUGGCCAUGAGCUUUGACCGCUAUGUGGCCAUUUGUGAUCCCUUGCGCUAUGCUGCCGUGCUCACCAAUGAAGUCAUUGCCAGAAUAGGCAUAGCUGUGGCUGCUCGGAGCUUCAUCAUCCUCCUUCCCCUUCUCUUCCUCUUCAAGAGGCUGCCUAUCUGCAGAUCCAAUGUUCUUUCCCACUCCUACUGCCUUCACCCAGACAUGAUGAAGCUGGCCUGUGCUGAUAUCACUAUCAACAGCAUCUAUGGAUUCUUUGUUCUUGUAUCCACCUUUGGCAUGGACAUGUUUCUUAUCUUCCUCUCCUAUGUGCUCAUUCUGCACUCGGUCAUGGCCAUCGCUUCCCGAGAGGAACGCCUGAAAGUUCUCAACACAUGCGUGUCACAUAUCUUGGCUGUACUUGUGUUUUACGUACCGAUGAUUGGGGUCUCCACAGUGCACCGCUUUGGGAAGCAUGCCCCACGCUAUGUACACGUCCUCAUGUCCAAUGUUUACCUCUUUGUACCUCCUGUGCUCAACCCUCUCAUUUACAGCGCCAAGACAAAGGAGAUCCGCCGAACCAUUGUCCGUAUGUUUCGGCGCAUGAAAACAUGA